AUACAUAUAGAUCAUCAAUAAACACUAACAAUGGACCAACCGAAGAAUAUUCAGGAGGUCGGAGAAAUAAUACUAAAUGGUAGAAAAGUGGAUAACAUUAUAUCAUUACCAGUUUACGUUUUAGGCGUUGUUUGUCAACCAAUUUAUCGUAAAUAUUAUCGAUAUUUAGUUGUAACAGAUUUUACCCUGGCAGAAAAAUGUAGUAGAACUCUAUAUAAGGGGAAGUAUCAUGGUAGACAAUCGAGAAUUCCAAGUGGUCAGUAUCUCUAUUGUUAUUUAGCUGAAUCACGUUAUAAUAAAAUAAAAAAUAUUAUUGAUGAAAUGUGCCCAAAUAGUGUAUUUCUGAAAGAGGAAGGGGUUGAAACUAAUUUGGAAAGCUUUGGGUAUUGUGCUACCAUAGGUAUUGAAAUCGAUAAUUGGAAAGCUGGACCAGUAGUCAAGUGUUCCAAUUUUGAAAUGGGUCUAAAGGAAAAUUUCAGUUAUCCAAAUUAUGGAACUUAUGUACCUAUGAGAAGAGAAAUUAUAGAAGAGUUUAAAAAGAGACUUAAUGUUGAAGUUUCAAAAUAUAAAGUCCCUGCAAUAAACCCUGAACUUGAUGAUUUAUAUUCAAUAACCUAUAAGAGGAAAUCUGAUCAGGUUGAAUCAGAAUGGACUAAUGGACAGAAACGUCAAAACAUAAAUGGAGCCAACUUGGUUUUUGGCAACUAUGGAUCUGAGGAAGAAACUCAACCAACUGGCAAUGCCCAUUCCCAUUCCCAUUCACUUAACUCAGGAUAUGCUAUAAAUUUAGGAUAUGGGUUUCCUCAAGAACUGGCCAAUAAUGUCGGAGAAGAUCCCAGCAUAAUACGUCUUGACCCGCAUUUUGCUGGAGGAGGAGCUAUGCAAAUAAUCAACUCAACGGUUUAUGAAGAUCAUUCGGAAGACAAUAGUGAACAUACGCAUCUGUUUAUUAAUUCAGGAGACUUAAUUAGUACCACCGUUACUAUUGAACAAAUAGAAUCAACCAAUUUGCUUUAUGAGCAACAACUGGCUGAAAAAUACUAUGAAUUAAAUGUUUCAAUCAAGGGGAUAUUUCCACUACAACCAUUUAUCAUUCGACCUUACAAGCGUACACUUAAGUUGGCCAAUUUGACUUUAUUGGUUCUGGACCUUUCAAACAAUACUUUAAAAAUUGAAUUCAAUCUGACAGAUGAAGUCUGUAAAUUCUUAGAUAUUGAAGAACCAGAAGAAAUACUUAACAAAUGGGAAAAGAUAGGCGAACAAAUGGGGAAACUUUUAGAGUUUGAAAAGAAGCAGUUAACCACUAUCAAAAUUAAAAGAUCUACAAGAAAACUUGCCAAUGGGUUUAUCUAUCCAUAUUGGACUAGUGCCACCAUACUAGAUAAAUUAGUUAGUAUAUAAUUAAUGAUAACUCUAAUAACUAAUGAACAACUUAAGAGGAACUACUACAAGUAAAUUUAAAUUUUUAUCAAGUUUUUAAUUUAUUAUGAUGUUUUGAAGAGCGUAAGAAUUAUGUAUAUAA